AUGUUUGACGCCAUCAAUGCUGACGGCAGUGUUUGCCGUAUCACACGUUACAUCACACGGCGUGAAGAGAAGUCGGAAGCGCUCCAGAAAUGGAUCGAUAUGGAUGUGCCUGCUAUUGCUGUCAGCGCUGUUAAGGGCUUUGUGCAGCAUCGUCCAGUUCUGGCCUCCUUCUGGAUCUUGGGACUGCUGAUCGCUGCUUUCGCAGGAGGUCUGCCCGUAGAUGCAACGUCAGAAGAAGCGUACAGCCAUUUGCUCCAACAAGCAGAGCUCAUUGACAGCCGAGAUUUGGGUCAGCGAGCUGGAGUGGAGCUUGCGAAAGCUGAAGCUGUCUAUUAUCAGAGGAAGGGAUGGUUUGGAUGCGACAAAUGGUGUCAGAAAGCCUGGGACAAGGUGCAGAUGGCCAGGGCUGAAGUCAAGAGAGUCCAAGAUCAUCGAGACUGGGUGCUUUCAGAGGGUCGACGUGAAGUUGGCAUUUGGUCUUCCUAUGGUGUCAAGGAUAUUCGUAGAAGUUUUUGGUCGGCCUGGCAAUCUGGCAAAGACUUUGCAUCUAGGAUGACGUUUUACGAUGUGCUGUUCUCAGUUGGCUCACGCGAGGAGUCCAUCUAUGUGAUGAUCUUCCGUUGGAUACUCCAAUAUUUGGCCAAUUUGACCUUUGGCCUCGUUGGUGCUUUCGGCUUCUUUCUGUACAACAUGUACUGCUUGAUAGUGUCGUAUGGAGCAUCCUUCUUCUCGGGCUUGGCAUUUUUCUUGCUAGCGACGGUGGCUGGAUUGUCCAUGCUGAGCACAUACUUGUGCAGCUUGUAUGCAGUUGUUGCCGGAGGUGGAGUCAUGAUAAUGCAGCAAGCAGCUAAGCAUGCUGCUCUAGAGAUGAACCAACAGGCCGCUUAUCAACGCAUCGACGCCCAUCAGGCCAACCGGCCGCAACAGCCAGGAAUUGCACAGACAGUAGUCGUUGACAGAGCUGAAGAAGCUCUUCAAAAAGACUUUGGCAAGUGUGAAGCCAUUGAGUUCAGUGUGCUGAUAAAAAAUGAACUGCGAGAGAUGUCAGAUGCCAAGGCUGCCAAGGAGCCCCUCACUUUUGAGCUCCAGCAGUGGGAAGAGUUUGAGAAUUAUAGUCGUGAAGAGAAGUUGGAAGUGCUGCAGAAAUGGAUCAACAUGGAUGUGCCGGCUCUUGCCGUUGCCACGGUCCAGGGCUUCGUGCAGAAGCGGCCAGUUGUGGUCUCCUUCUGGCUCAUUGGACUGCUGAUCGCUGCUUUCGCAGGAGGUCUGCCAGUGGACGCGGUAUCAGAAGAAGCGUACAACCAUUUGCUCCAGGAGGCUGAGCUCAUCGACAGCCGAGAGCUGGGGCAACAAGCUGAAGUAGAGCUGGAGAAAGCUGAAGCGUUGUAUUAUUCCCAGAGCGGUUUCUUCGAAUGCAAUGAUGCGUGUCAGAAAGCUUACGACAAGGUGCAGAUGGCCAGGGCUGAAGUCAAGAGAGUCCAAGAUCAUCGAGACCGUGUGCUUUCCGAAGGUCGACGUGAAGUUGGCAUUUGGUCUUCCUAUGGUGUCAAGGAUAUUCGUAGAAGUUUUUGGUCUGCCUGGCAAUCCGGCAAAGACUUUGCAUCCAGAAUGACGUUUUACAACGUCCUAUUCUCAGUUGGUGCGCGUGACGAGUCUCUCUACUUAAUGGUUUUCCGACUUAUAAUGCAGUAUGUUGUCAAUCUGACCAUGGGUCUCAUUGGUGCUUUUGGUUUCUUCAUGUACAACAUGUACUGCUUGAUAGUGUCGUAUGGAGCAUCCUUCUUCUCGGGCUUGGCAUUUUUCUUGCUAGCGACGGUGGCUGGAUUGUCCAUGCUGAGCACAUACUUGUGCAGCUUGUAUGCAGUUGUCGCAGGAGGUGGAGCCAUGUUGAUCCAGCAAGCAGCAAAGCAUGCUGCUCUGGAGAUGAGCAAACAGGCACAGAGGGGCAUGCCAUUGGCACAGAGGAAGGCAUUGCUUGUGAACGGAAACAAAGGUCUAGAGGUCAAGUUGAGGUCAAGGUGUCAAGCUCGAGGAGGAACUGGUUUGACAGUUCACUCAGUUGAAAAUUAG